AAGAAAGAGGAACAUGAGGUAGCGUCGGUAAAAUACUAUUAGCAACAAGUGUAGACAUAUUACACAGCCUACGAUCACUGCUAGAUAGUCUGGAUGAGACUUUACAUACGUUCAAUUGGAGUUUGUUAACAUGCCAGUCCUCUGUAGCAGUUGUGCUGAGAAGCGUGCAGUGCUGAAACGUCCAAAAACGGCCCAUUCCCUGUGCAAAGAAUGCUUCUUCUGGGCCUUUGAGGAGGAGGUGCAUCAGACAAUAGUCUCAGCGCAGCUCUUCAAACAUGGAGAAACUGUGGGCAUUGGUGCCUCGGGUGGGAAGGACUCCACUGUGCUGGCACAUGUCAUGAAAGUCCUAAAUGAGCGCUAUAACUACGGCCUGAAACUACUGCUACUGUCAGUGGAUGAGGGCAUCACAGGUUACCGUGACGACUCCUUGGAGACGGUGAAGAGGAACCAGCAGCAGUAUGAGCUGCCUCUGAAGAUUGUAUCCUAUGAGGAGCUGUAUGGCUGGACCAUGGAUGCCAUAGUGAAGCAGGUUGGACUGAAGAACAAUUGCACUUUCUGUGGAGUGUUCAGAAGGCAGGCGCUGGACAGGGGAGCCAUGAUGCUGAAGGUUGAUAAGAUAUGUACAGGUCACAACGCUGACGAUGUGGCAGAGACAGUUCUGAUGAAUGUCCUCCGAGGAGACAUCGCCCGUCUGCGUCGCUGCACUGCUAUCAGCACAUCCAGCGAGGGCGAGGGGGUGGUGCCACGCUGCAAGCCCCUCAAAUACGCUUACGAGAAGGAGAUUGUCCUCUACGCCUACUUCAAGAAGCUGGACUACUUCUCCACAGAGUGCAUCUACUCCCCCAACGCUUACAGAGGCCACGCCCGCACCUUCCUGAAAGACCUGGAGGCUGUGCGGCCCAGCGCCAUCAUGGACGUCAUCCACUCUGGGGAGAACCUGUCAGUGAGGGAGGGCGUGAAGAUGCCCGUUCAGGGGACCUGCGGCCGCUGUGGCUACAUCUCCAGCCAGGCGCUGUGUAAGUCCUGUGUGCUGUUGGAGGGCCUGAACCGCGGCCUGCCCAGACUAGGAAUUGGAAAGCACCACCGUCUCCACGAGAAGAUCCUCUCACAGCAGCCUCUGACCCAGGAAGAGGAGAGGAAGCUCAAGGCUGUGGACUUCUGAGAGGUGAAUAGGCAGAACAUCUCAGGAUCACUACCACUGUUUCUGUUAAGUGACACUUUGAAAUGAGUGACCCAAGAUGAGUCAACCAGAUGUUGAGUUGUUUUAAAGGUUCAGCUUUGAGUUGAAGUAGGGAUGUUACGUUGCCUCUAAUGAAAGAGUGGCCAGCGUUUUCCCUUGUCAGCCACUCAAAUCAAAGUUAUUGGUCGUGUACACAGAUAUCCACACCUUGCUAUUGGAUUUCAACAUUGCAGAACCAAUUUUAUUUUUGUAAACUUAAGUUUACAAUUGUAAUUUAGAAAAUAAAGACACAUGGCAUGGACAAAAUGAUUGGCACCCCGGAGCUAGUACUUGGUUUCACUGCCCUAGGCCCAGAUAGCUACAAUAAGCAUAGUUGACAGUUAUCAAUGAGCUUGCUGCACCUUCCUACUAGCAAAUUUGCCCACUCUUCAGCAGCAAACUGCUCUAAUUCUUCAAUGUUUGAGGGGUGCCCUCCACCAACUGUUGUUUUCAGCUCUCGCCAUAGGUUAUGGAUGUGAUUCAGAUCUUUUCUUUUCACAGGCCACUCCAGGCCCGGUUUCCCAACAGCGAUGGAACUUAGGCUUACGAGUAUAUUAACGAUGCAUCUUUCCUACAACGGCUGAAGAUGUAACAUGAGUUUCCCAAAACACCACGCAGAGAGAACGCUCACUAUGUGCGUCGUUGAGGCAUGUGACGAUACUGAUAGAAUCAAAAGAAAAGGUAACGCUGCUCUCGGAUCAGAAUUCUCCAUUCGAAUCUGACCUUAACAUUAGAAUUAUUCCACAAUACUGACAACGGAUCAGCUCUUAGAGAUAUUAUCACCUAAGGCUACAAAUAUUGAGGCGGCAUAUUCUAAUGCUCACCCUAUAAUAAUGCACUAAAUCAAGAUUUGGUACAUCAUGAAAUAUAUUGAGGAAAAAAUUGGACAGUAGGUUACAAAUAGCAAAAUAGAAGUCAAUUAAUUGAACAUGAAAUGUAUUUCAAUAUGAUUGAAAGAGGCCUAUAGGCUACUGUAUUUCUAUUUGAAUGCAGUCAUCUCGGUUGUAAUGUGAAGCAUCUUUGUAUACGUCGAUUGUUUGUAUCAAUUGCAAAGACAUUGGCAACUUUGUAUUUGUAGUCAACGUUGUUCUGAAGUUAUCGGUGGUUACAGAGAGACGGAUAAACCAUGUGAUUCAGGGUUUAGCAGAGAUCCUCUGUAUAACGGGAGGGCAAAAAAAAGCGUUUAACGACAAACCUAGCGGUCGUGCGAGUGGUCUGAGGCAGGUGUUAGAUUACGAGUGUUUUUAAUGCAAACGAUGGUUUUGGGGAAACGGCUCAGAGAUUUUAACGAUGCUCCUAUGAAGGUUCUAGCUAUGAACUUAGCCUUAAGAUGCUUUUGGGAAACCGGGCCCUGAGCAGUCCAGCAACCAUUCCUGGGUACUUUUGAUGUGUGUUUGGGGUCAUUGUCCUUCUAUAAGACCCACAACCUUUAACAGAGACAGAUUUUUUUGGACACUGGAUGAUUAUUGGACUCUGAAACACCUUGGUAAUCUGCUGAUUACAUCAUGUCUUGCACACACACACACACACAGUUUCCUAGGCAGCAAAGCAACCCCACAGCAUUUUUCGAACCUCCACAAUUUUUGAUUGGAGUGUGUUGUUUUCUUUGAAUGCUUUGGUCAUUGGUAAACAUAGUAAGACACGACUGCUGGGAGACAAGAAAGCCUGGUGGAACUUCUCCAAACAAGGCAAAAUCCUGGGGGAAAUGUUCUGUGGUGUUUUUACUGACAACCAAAUGAAGCAUUCAAUGAAAAGAACUCUCUACAAUCAAAGAUGAGCGAGGUCUGAUGAUUCUGUGGGGUUGCUUUGCUGCCUCAGGUACCUUCGGGCCUUGAAUGUGCAAGCAUCAUAAAAUCAGCAGAUUAUCAAGUGUUUUGGAGUCCCAUGUACAACCCGGCAUCCAAAAGCGGUCUCUGCAUUGAAGGUUGUGGGUCUUCCAGCAGGGCAAUGACCCCAAACACACAACAAAAAGCACCCAGAAAUGGUUCAACAAAAGAUGCUGGACUGUUUUGGAGUGGCCAGCGAAAAGUCCAGAUCUGAAAUAGGGAAUAAUUUAAGAAAAGUCCAAGGAUGCCAAUGUAUAUUUGGCCGCAACUGUAAAUGAUCUGUAUAGACAGUAUAUGAAUAGAAAGGUGUGUACAGCAGUAGUUAUAUAGGAUGAGCCAUGACUAGAAUACAGUAUGUAAACAUUAUUAAAGUGACCAGUGUUCAGUGACUAUGUGCAUAGGGCUGCAGUCUUUAACGUGCAGGGUAGAGUACCGGGUGGUAGCCGGGUAGUGACAGUGUCUAACGUUCAGGGCAGGGUACCGGGCUGAUGGCCUGGAGAUAGAAGCUGUUUUUCAGUCUCUCGGUCCCCGCUUUGAUGCACCUGUACUGUCUCUGCCUUCUAGAGCGCGUGUCGAGCUCAUUCUAAGGUGGGCAGAGUGUCUGCGGGUUUUUGCUCCUCCCUUGUGCUUUAUUGAUGAGUUAAGGUCACUAAUUAGUAAGGAACUCCCUUCACCUGGUUGUCUAGGUCUUAAUUGAAACUAAAAACCUGCAGACACUCUGUCCUCUGUGUAAUGAGUUUGAGACUGCUGUUCUAGAGGGUAGCGGUUCAGCAGGCUGUGGAUCGGGUCUAAAUGGGGAAGUGAGAAUGAUUAAAAAUAUAUUUUGCAAUUUCUGGAAUCCAAAUGCAAUUUACAUUCAGCUAUGCGGUCAGUGAGUCAGUGCAUUAUGAAACUUCUGUCAGCUGAUGAUUGAAAUACAAGUGUAUUUUGUAUGGUAACUGUAUAUUAAAGCUAUUCAACUUUUGCA